AAGAUAUUACCAACAAAAACUCUAUUUGCUUUUGUUUGUUUAGGUUAACAGAUUUUAAGAACACCAAGGAGCAGCUAAGUGAGUAGCAGAAUCGUUCACACUCUUCGAUUCCACCGACGUGGAGGCGGAGGAGGUUCUACAUCAGUCGACGAAAAUGUCUUCAGAUAUUAGGAAGUGGUUCAUGAAGCAUAAUGAUAACAAGGGUAAUGGCAAUGCCAGUAAAGAUAAACUCGAAAACCCCGAGAAGCCCGACAAGCAAGAAAAAUCUGGGCGCGAAGGUCAAGAAAGUUCGGGUAGAAGGAAAUGUAGCCCGUAUUUUGAUAAACAAAAGAUUAAAAAUGAGAAGGAAAUCGAGGAACCUAAAAGUGAAACGAAAACCCCAAUUAGGAAGAAGCUUCAGAAAGUUGAGGAUGCUGAAGAUGAUGAUGAUUUUGAGAUGCCUAGUUCGAAAAGAAAAGGUUUAGUUGAAGUGACACCCAACAAGAGAUCAAAGAGUGGAGUGGGUAGAGGAGCUGCAAAGAAGGGUAUUGAUCUUGAUGAAAGUGACGAGGAUGAUGUGAAGGUUAAAGCGACGAAAUCUACUCCGAAAUCAGCUGGUAGGGGCCGUGGUGGGAAGGCCGUCUCAGUAGCCACUAAAGAUGAAAGUGAUGACGACGAUGCUGAAGACAAAGAUACAAAGUCUCAAAAGCCCGGAGGACGAGGUCGUGGUGGUAGAGGUACAUCAGCUGCGGCACCAGGUGGUGGAAGAGGCAGAGGAGGAGGUGGUGGUGGACGUGGGGGUUUCAUGAAUUUUGGCGAAAGAAAGGAUCCCCCGCACAAGGGAGAAAAGGAAGUCCCUGAAGGAGCUCCAAAUUGUUUGGCUAAUUUGACUUUUGUAAUUAGUGGAACCCUUGACAGUCUGGAAAGGGAAGAAGCUGAAGAUCUAAUUAAAAGACAUGGUGGUCGCAUAACUGGAUCCGUCAGCAAGAAGACGAAUUAUCUCUUGUGUGAUGAAGAUAUCGGGGGACGGAAAUCCAGUAAAGCAAAAGAGCUAGGCACUGGCUUUCUUACUGAAGACGGGUUAUUUGAUAUGAUCCGUGCAUCAAAGCCAUCUCCGGCCACUGCCCAAAAUGAAACAAAGAAAUCUAUUGAAAAGACAGUCGCAUCCACUCCAAAGAGCAGUCCGCAACAAUUGGCAAUCAGCAAAGAGCAAGCCAGGAUUUCCCCAGUCAAGAACUCAAUUAAUAAAGGUAGGGGCCAGAGUGCCUCUCCAGCCAAGAAAAAAUCUCAAAGUACUGAGCAUCCUUCAUUGUCAUGGACAGAAAAGUAUAAACCAAAGGUCCCGACUGACAUCAUAGGGAAUCAAUCACUAGUUAAGCAGCUGCAUGAGUGGCUGGUUCAAUGGAACGAGCAGUUCUUAAAUACCGGGCACAAAGGAAAAGGUAAAAAACCUAUUAAUGCUGGUGCUAAAAAAGCUGUACUACUGAGUGGUACACCUGGCAUAGGAAAGACUACAUCGGCGAAGUUAGUAAGUCAGAUGCUUGGUUAUGUAACAGUUGAGGUAAAUGCUAGUGACAGUCGAGGAAAGGCUGAUGGAAAAAUUGAAAAAGGAAUUGGUGGAAGUACUGCAAAUUCUAUUAAGGAACUAGUCAGUAAUGAAGCCCUGAGUGUUAAAAUGGAUCGCCCGAAGCAUCAGAAGACGGUUCUGGUUAUGGACGAGGUUGAUGGAAUGUCUGCUGGAGAUAGAGGUGGAGUGGCAGAUCUUAUUGCUAGUAUUAAGAUCUCAAAAAUUCCGAUUAUUUGCAUAUGCAAUGACAGAUACAGUCAAAAACUGAAGAGUCUUGUGAAUCAUUGCCUGCUUCUUAACUACCGUAAACCUACAAAGCAGCAGAUGGCAAAGAGGUUGGCGCAAAUUGCAAAUGCAGAAGGUCUUAAGGCUGAUGAGAUUGCGCUGGAGGAACUUGCAGAAAGGGUCAACGGAGAUAUGCGCAUGGCUCUGAACCAGUUGCAAUACAUGAGUCUUUCGAAGUCCGUCAUUAAAUAUGAUGACAUAAGACAGCGACUACUGAGCAGUUCAAAAGAUGAAGAUAUAUCACCUUUCACAGCAGUUGACAAGCUGUUUGGAUUUAAUGCUGGGAAGUUGGGGAUUGAUGAAAGGGUUAAUCUAAGCAUGAGUGAUCCUGAUCUUGUCCCUCUUAUAAUUCAGGAAAAUUAUGUUAAUUAUAAACCAAGUUCGGCUGGCAGAGAUGACAAUGGGCUGAAAAGAAUGAGCUUGAUCGCUCGUGCUGCGGAAUCUAUUGCAGAUGGUGAUAUAAUUAAUGUGCAGAUUCGGAGAUAUCGACAGUGGCAACUCUCUCAGAGUAGCUCUCUGUCAUCCUGUAUAAUACCCGCUGCUUUAUUGCAUGGCCAGAGGGAGAUACUUGAACAGGGUGAACGCAAUUUUAAUAGAUUUGGCGGGUGGUUGGGAAGGAACUCCACAAUGGGCAAAAAUUACAGGCUAUUGGAUGAUCUGCAUGUUCAUCUACUUGCUGCUCGUGAAUCUAAUUUGGGGAGGACUACCUUGCGACUUGACUAUCUUACUCUUCUUCUGAAGAACUUAACUGAUCCACUUCGGAUGCUUCCCAAGGAUGAAGCUGUUGAGAAAGUUGUGGAAUUCAUGGACUCUUACUCUAUUAGCCAAGAAGACUUUGAUGCUAUUGUCGAGAUAUCAAAAUUCCAGGGGCACCCAAAUCCUUUAGAGGGCAUUCUGCCGGCCGUGAAAGCUGCCCUAACCAAGGCAUACAACAAAGGAAGCAAGUCACGAGUAAUCCGUACAGCAGAUCUGAUUACACUUCCUGGAUUGAAGAAGGCUCCUAAGAAGCGUAUUGCUGCAAUGCUGGAACCAGCAGAUGAUGGCUUGGAGGGUAAAGCUGAUGAGGCAGAAAAUGAGGAAGGAAAUUCUUCCGACGAGGAAUUGGAUGACAAAAAUGAUGGCGGUAAAGCAGUGCAGUUGGAUCUCCAAAAUCUUAGUUCGAAGGGAAUCCAAGUACAGAUGGACUUAAAGGGUGCAGAAAAAACAAGUGGCAAGAAGACAGGUUCAGGCAGGGGAAAAAGAGGGGCUUCUGAAGUAGUAGAAAAAGGUGCCGGGCGUGGUUCUGGGUCUGCUGCCAAAAGAAAAAAAUGAAAUUGAAUGAUUAGGGUGAAUAAUGCUAAGAUUUCUUCUAUUGUAAGUAUUAACGGUUUUGAUUUGCACUACUGUGAUGUGGUAAUGUGAAAUGAGGAAAUGGUACGUAUGUUUGAUUGUUUUUCUGUAAGAGCUUAUGGAAUUUUGCUGUGUUAUGGGUACUGCGCUUCCUCGUUA